AUGAGUCCAUCGACUCCUCUACGCUCAUCCAUGGUUCCACCGACUCCUACACGAUACGGCGGAUCACCGUUCUCGCGAUCCCCGCCAUUCCAGGAUGACGUGAACCUGCCCUCGAUCGUCACUCCAUUCAACAUCGAGGGGAUCGACGACCGUUAUCAGAGAACUAUGGCUCAGGCGUCGACUGCGUGGCAGGAGAGAAUCAUCCCACGUCUCAUUCCCGUAUUCAUAAAGAUCAUCCACUCCACCCGCGGCUUCCAACGUCUCCAGGAGCUGCCGAUUCCUGGCCGUCGAGUCUGUAGAUGCGGCAAGACUCGCCUUUGUAAGGUGUCCGUCUGUCGUAUGAACGGCAUGUCUUUUGUCUCCGAGGCGUUUGCACUGGCUAAUCUUACAGCAGAGAUAUAUGAUAUUCAGAUAGACGCUUGCGACUGCGUGCCGGCCGCACAACAGCUGCUGGAAGCGGGGCUUUUCCCCUCCGCCCCGUUACAUCCGUCGUUCGCGGUCGAGCUUCAUGUCUUGGAGCUGACCCGAGAGGUAUUCCUGCGGACCUCUCCAAACAACACGGCCUGGACGGCAGCGCUGGAGGCUUUUCUACAAAAUCUUGGUUUCCAGCUUGAUCAUGAGGGAACACUGCGCCGCUCCUUUGCCUCAGCGCUGGAGUGGUACUCACAUCUCCGUAACGUCGUCGAUGAGCACGUCGAUGUUCUCCAGGAGAAGGUUCGGCGCGACGUGGUUGGAGAUGCCGUGCUCGACUCCACUGCCACUCCGCCGCAGAUGGGCACUCGCAAACGGGAUCACAAACGCCCUCUGGAAAAGGAGAAUCCGUUUGCAACACCCAUCAGGCGCACUCGCGCGUCUGAGUAUCUGCGACGUCGAUGCCCCGCGUGCUUUGGGGAUAUGAAGCAUGAUCGCGACUCAACUGCCGAUGUCUGCGUCUGCACGGAUGCAUGCUUCACACAGAAGCGCGAAGCUGGGAAUAUGGAUCCACCCAAGAUCCAUCCGCACAGCGUUUUUAUAUCGGCCGGGACUUGCGAGGAGAUGGAAGCAUAUGUCGAUGAAGUCCGCGGUUCUAGGCCUCUGCCAGGACGUCCCGCACCCAAGAAACGCCGCGGCGCCCGCGUGAAGGCCACCGUAGCCGUCGAGGAGGAGGAGGAGGACCACAUAGAGUAUGAGGCUCUGCAGGUCCCCAAAUCCGUUCUCGACGGCUGCGAAGACUCCUUCAAGGCCGCCGACGAAAGUUGA